AUGCAUCGACGAAGCGGAGGUUUUUUUCUUCUAUUAUUAUUCAUCGCUAAAUAUCAAGCACAGAAUCCAACAUCACCUACUGAUUGGAAUGGCGACCCAAAUUUAUGUACAGUUAAUUCACCAGUUACAUCUUCACCAUUACCUGCACAACAAAUGCCUCGAUUUCCAAAACGAGCUGAAUUUGCUUUACAACGUGUCGAAAAUAAGCAUUUAUUUAAUCUUACACUACCCAGUGAAAUGACCAUGUAUGAAUAUCUUUAUGACUAUGAUGCUAAUAAACUAAUUAUAGUUAAAAACAAAAAUGGCAUUAUUGAUACUGAAUAUUAUUACUAUGGUCCCAAUAAGAUAUCAACUUAUUUUGGAGGAGAAUUUUGUCGAGUAUCAGAUAUUCCAACAAAUGACGAUAUGGAUGGUACAUCAGCAAUAAAAUUACCCGACGGCACAUGGCAUAUUCGUCCGUUGAAUGAAUUUCUUUUGUUUUCUAAUGAUGAUCCACGUCGACCAGUAGUUACACCAAUAUAUCUUGGUACCGAUCUAAUACGUGAAAUCCCAGUUCAUCAAUGGCAAAGUUGUUACAUCAAUAAGACAGAUUAUAGAACAGUACGACGUAUUUGGUCAUUUGCUCAAGAGAAAUUUAUUAUGCCAGGUACAACUGAUGGUUCAUUUUCCGUUCCUGUCCACGCACUAAUUAGUGCUUCGGUAGUCUUCCCAAAUGGCACACAAGUAGUUGAAGUUGAUGAAGAAUUUAAUGUAUUUGCAUUUCGACCAGGUAUUAUGGAAUCUAUUGAUGCAUUAUCACCACCAAAAGGUGUUUUUUGCGCUAGUGGUCCGGGUCAAAAUUUAGUAUCACUUAAAGAUGCUGGUGUUAGUUGGCCAAAUCACUUUAGUGUUCGUGUUGAAACUUCAACAUCACGUUCAUCACAAUGGGAACGAUUUCAUUUACGUUAUGAUCAAGGUCGUGAAAGUAGUUCAAAACGUUUACGUUAUGAUUAUAUGCCACCUGGUUCAGAGGAUUUUACAACUGUUAUUCAUGAUUAUACUGAUGAUAUAACCUAUAUUAUUGAUCGUCGUGUUGGUACGUGUAAUAUUAAUAAAGGUGUAGAAGUUCCUGCUGUUAGUUCUAUUCGUGAUCCAAUAAGAUUUUUUAUUAAACAUGAAGCUUAUUUUAUAUUUAAUCCGCCUGAAAAGGCUUGGGAAUUUAAUGGAGUUCGAUCAUGUCGUGGUAAUGCUAUUAAAUGUACAAUAUUAACAACAUCAAUAGAUAAUUUUCCUACUAUAGUUGACCCAGACACUGGUAUGGAAACAGGUGAAACAUGGACAGCAACUAAUAUUGAAUAUGGUUGGUCAGUUCGUGCACCAUUUGCUACUGCAGCACCUGAUCAGGUGAAACAAUUUGAUUAUCCGGUAAGUUUACAAUUAAAAAUGUACCGAUUUCGAGAUCCAGCUAAUCCAACACCGGUUAGUAUUAUUACUGAAGAUAUUGAAUAUGAGUUUUAUGAAAUGUCUCAUGAAAUGAAGCCAUUUGAUUUCGACGUAAUAUCACGUGUUUAUCACAAUAUGACAUACACUAAAAUAAAAUAUGCUGUACUGCGAGUCACUACUGGUAGCGCUCCAAAGACUACCGCAAAAAUUUGUCGUAGUGUAAAUAGAUUGUAG